AACUGACACCGGGGGGUGGGGAGGCAUCGAACAUUUUUUUCUAGAGAAUGCCCAGAAAGAAGCGUUGAAUGCCCAGCAGUCGCCUCAAAGUGUCCACUUUUGGUUACAGAUCCGUUCGUAUGAGAUAUAUCUACACACAUCACUUGUAUCUUCAUUUUAAAGAUGUGUAGGAGAAAAAUCACCAAGUACCAUUCAUUGAGCUUAAUGCUACCAUCUCUCUCAUCAACGAUAUAACGUAUUUCCUAUUUUAGCCAGUCACAGUUAAUACAUAUCAAUCACAGUUCACAGUCACACAGCUAGAUGCCUGAAGACUCCAUGAUGAAAGGAUGGAAGAUUAACGUUAAGGGAAAUUGAAGAAAUGGACUUAAAAUGGUAUUUUAGUUGCAAAAAUAGAAAUUGGAAAGUCUAUAAAUUAGAAAAUACAGGAUUGAAUAACCAUAUUGCGCUGACAGACCCCAUGAAAUUCGAAAAGGAUUUUGAAAAAGAGUUAAAACACCAUUUUAAUUGUAGGGUUUGCAUUUUGUUUGAGAAGAAUAUUUUAUUGACAAGAAUUUCACCUUGCAAUGAGGAGAAUCUUUUUCUGUCUUUGUCAUCAACAAUUUAUAUGAUCUGUGUCCCUCGCUCUUCUCAUGUUCUUAUGUCCAAUUUAAAAGCAGCACAUAAAAAGUUUGUGUUGAAGGCCAUUGAAAACAUAUUUUGUUGUGGGUUGGAUGAAAUGGAUUUUUGUGGAAGAAGUGAUUCCCUUUUUAAUCUCAUUUUGAAUAUGAGCAGUCAGGGUCAGUUUAGUAACUUCAGAUUAAACCAGAUUGAUGAAAAUCCACUCUCUCGGAAACGUAAAAGAGACAUUGGAAAUGAUGAUGAUAAUAAAGAAAAUGUUAUGUCAGUUAACGAAGAACAUGUAAAGGAUAAAACAAGAAAGAUUUAUGCAUUAAAGACAUUUGGAUCACAUCAACAACCUGCAUUGGAGAAAAUUGAAUUCAAGAUGUUUACAAAAUUCAAAGGUGGAAGAUAUAUUGGUGAUGAGGAACAAGAAGAAAUAAAAGACGUUGUUAAGUGUUCAGCGCAAUUUAAAGGAAAAAAUGUAGUUGAAGGAAUAAAAAAAUUGUGUGAGCAUGGUCUUGCUUCACAACCAUUGCCAUCGCAUUUAAAAAAUAUUCCUUCAGCUUUAAAAACCUCUUUUGUGUUAACUGAUAAGAAAAUAUCUCAUGAAAAAUGAUCCUUCGUGGUUGCAGUACAAAAGGGCGCCCAAAUAUUUUGAUUGUUUGUUUAUUUAAUGAUAAAUAGAUAAGACUAGGAAUGUUUUAUUUGUGAACGUUCCAAAUGUCGGCACUUUCAACAUAUUUCUAAAGAACUAUAAAGACAACACAAAUCGAAAAUCACGACACUUUCAUCAAUGCCAUGAAUUUUACGAGAAAUGGACAACCUUGCUGAAGCCAAAGCUAAAUAAUUAAUUAUGUGCAUAGGCGACAUAAUUUUGCAUAUUUUCUUAUGCUUAAAUAAUAAAUCUAAGUAAUAAAUAUAACGUAUAUACUUAAUUUAAGCAAAGACGACAGAGGACAGUCAAAAUAUAUAAAAAAUGGCAUCAGAAA